CGGAGCCCCCUCCCCGGGGAGGCGGGGCCUGGGCGAGCUCCCCGGCGCGGGGAGCGGCGGCGGCGCGGGACGAUGCACCAGAAGCUGCUGAAGAGCGCGCAUUACAUCGAGCUGGGGAGCUACCAGUACUGGCCGGUCCUGGUGCCCCGCGGCAUCCGCCUCUACACCUACGAGCAGAUCCCCGUGUCCCUCAAGGACAACCCGUACAUCACCGACGGCUACCGGGCCUACCUGCCCUCCAGGCUGUGCAUCAAAAGUUUGUUUAUUUUAUCUAACGAGACCGUAAACAUCUGGAGUCAUUUGCUGGGUUUCUUCCUCUUCUUUACACUGGGAAUAUAUGACAUGACAUCAGUGUUACCUUCGGCAAGUGCAUCCAGAGAAGAUUUUGUAAUUUGUUCUAUUUGUCUUUUCUGCUUCCAGGUCUGUAUGCUUUGCUCUGUGGGCUAUCAUCUUUUUUCUUGCCAUCGAUCAGAAAAAACCUGUCGAAGAUGGAUGGCUUUAGAUUAUGCAGGAAUUUCUAUUGGAAUACUGGGCUGCUAUGUCUCUGGGGUGUUUUAUGCAUUUUACUGUAAUAAUUAUUGGCGCCAAGUGUACUUGAUCACAGUGCUUGCUAUGAUCCUAGCGGUGUUCUUUGCACAGAUCCAUCCCAAUUACCUCACACAGCAGUGGCAGAGGCUCCGUUCUAUCAUCUUCUGUUCUGUGUCAGGAUAUGGAGUGAUCCCCACUCUUCACUGGGUUUGGCUCAAUGGAGGAAUCGGUGCUCCUAUUGUACAGGACUUUGCACCCCGUGUAAUUGUGAUGUAUGUGAUUGCUCUUCUUGCUUUCCUAUUCUACAUUUCCAAAGUUCCUGAAAGGUAUUUUCCAGGACAACUAAACUACCUCGGAUCAAGCCACCAAAUAUGGCAUAUCCUUGCAGUAGUGAUGUUAUAUUGGUGGCACCAGUCAACAGUGUAUGUCAUGCAGUACAGACAUAGCAAGCCUUGCCCUGACUAUGUUUCACAUUUGUGAAUUCAGGUAUGGUCACCUGGUAUAUUCAGUUGUUAAGCAAUAUGUAAUGGGGAGUUGUAUACCCCACUAUUUCUAAGAUUCACAUUAGUUUUUCCUUUUUUCCUCCUAUUUAAUAUAUCACGAGUAGUACUUUAUAAAAAUGGAAAAAUAUACUUGGGAAUCUGUAAUAAUAACUGCUUUAUGGCCCUUACAACUACUAAUUUGCUGUUUGUACAGAAAGUGAAAAUUAGUUGGCAUUUAUAAGAAACAUCUGAAAACAAUGAAUGUGAAACCAGUGUAGAGAUGGUAUUUAUUUUACUUAACACCAGCCUAAUUUCCUUAGGAAGGGCCAUGAUGAAAAUGAGUCAUCCUGAGUGAUUACUUUAAUAGAAGAUAUUUACAGUAGUUGAUCAAGUUGAAGUGCCUAAUCAAGGCUAGGGUUACAAUAGCCUGUGCUUAAGACGACGAGCUAGGAAAGUGGUUUUGAUAAUCACUAGCCUUUAGAUACAUGGUUUGUGAGAAACUGGCACUUAAGAAUGAUUUUCUCUUUAGCUAAGGGCUCUUUUCUCCUUAGGAACAUUGGAUUUUUUGGUUUGCUAGAACAAAAACUUUAAACCUUUCCUCCUUUGAGAGAGGCAUUGAGAAGAGGAUAAGAACUUGCACUGUCGUUUCCCAUCAGAUAAAAAUCAGAUUCAAAACUGAUUAAAUGACAAGGCAACAAAUUCUGUGGCCUAAUAACCAAGGCAUUAGCAUUUAAGUUUUUAAUUUCAAAGAAUGUGACUUAGUUCUGUGUAAUAAUUGCACUCUUGCCAGUGGAUCACAGAUUUUUGGUUCCAAAAUUCCUGUGGCAAAAUAGGGAAUUUCGCCUCUCUGAAUUUACAGUACUAAAUGUGUUAAUGGAUGGUUGUUCCCAAUUAAAUGGGUGCUACUUUCAAGGCCACAGAGUCCAGAUGGCCCAGUGUUGACCCUAAAAUGAACCUUAAGCCUUAGAACAAAGUCAUGCAGAUACCCCAAAUGAUAGACAGGAUUAUUCACCUGUACUCUAGUCUUUUCCUGUUUAUGCACGUGUUAGCAUUUUAUUGACAACUCAGAGUAUUGAUGUGCACUAUCUAAUAUUUGCAUCUGAAACAUUAAAUUUACUCUUUAUUGUAUAUACCUAAAAAAUAGAUCUCACUGCCCUAGCAUACAAUGCUCUUCUUGUUCUUUGGCCUUUUCAUAUGUACGAAUUAAAUCCCUUUUGAAGCAGUCAUUCACAAAAACCUGUUCAUUGGAAUAUAAAAUACUCUCCAAAUUUCUUAAUGGGUCGACAUGAACUGCUUUAAAUACUGGUGUAUCUUCCGCACAUUGGAAUUACUAAAUAGCAGAAGUGCUAAUUGAUGAUGAAGCUUAUUUCCACAUUGCCAUUUAUACAUCUUCUAUUACGAAUGUAAUUACUUUAAUGUGCCUCAGUUUAUGCACCUGUAAAAUUUUGUAUUUCUUUUCAGCAUAGCGUUUUUGGAAUAUAAAUUCUUCAUGCUAGUUAUCUCAGCAUGGAGCAUCUUCCUAGUAGGCUAAGGGCGCAGUAUUGUACCCCUUAUGAUGAUGGAACACACUACUUUGGAAAUAAACGCCUACUUUGCCUCUUAAGGCCACAAAUUUGAUCCAUAUGCUGAGUGAUAGAAGACUUUGCUGUAAUGAUAAUAGGAUGGAUUUUCCCUAAAACAUCUCUUAGGGGUUUAACAUUGAUUUUACAUAGGUAUUUUGUCAUUUUAGCCAAAUAAAAUACACCAAGUAGUUAUUAAUUUUAAAGUAGAAAAGUCUAGUUAUUUUAGGCCUGGUACCAUUUUUACUCUAAAAUCUUCUCAAAAUACAAAAUUGAACUUUGAGUUCCAUUUUCUCUUAAUUUUUGAAAAACAUUCCUGGUUUUUUUAGAAGUGUAUGAAUUAUUUAAUACUUGCCACCAGACUUAAUAAAAAGGGCAUACUGUGUUUGUUUUUUUAAUUUAUAAGGCAUACAGGUCUAACCAUAAGGAGGAUUAUAAUAUGUGAACAUUUUUUGUAAGACAGCUAUACUCUCCCAUUUUCAUCUUUACUAUGAUAUAUUUUAUUAUAAAGUAGGGAAUGAAUGAAUGCGGAUUGUUGUCAACUAUAAACACUUCUGUAUGUCAGCAUUUACUGACCACUUACUGUGUGCAUAUCACUACUGGCAAAUUUUUUAAGACACUGUUAACAUGAAAGAAUAACUAUUUAAAAAUUGCCUUGUAAUAAUGUAUAUUUAAGUUAUUUUUGUCUUUAUAAAGAUUUAUUAAAUAAAAUAAGAUUAAAAGUACACUAUUCAGCUACCAUACUAAAAAAAACUGGUUUUAGUUUUACAGUGUGUAAACUAUAAAAGCGCUUUACCUACAGACUUUAGACCUACAUUUUAAAAUUAUCUUUGGCUAUUUUAAAUUGUUGUGAUUUAUAAGGUUGUAGUUAACUCAUUUGAGGCAGUUAUCUUUCUAUAUAAAUCCAUUUUCAAAAGAUAGUGCUUGUCUUUUUUGUUAUUACACCGAGUGCAAUUGAGUAAGCUGCAUGGCAAAAUAUGUGUUAUGUAAAUAAACUGGGUUUACUAAAUAUA